AUGAAGAAUGAGUACGACCUCAAAGUGGUGCAUCUGAAGCUUUAUGAGAGCAUCCUCGCCACCUAUGUGCAUUCCAUGAAAGUGAACUCCAAAGAAGAGGAGGCCCUUCUGAACAUGAAGCUCUCGUGCAGAGGUUCGAUCCGGCGUGCUAACAACAUCGUGGAAGUGGUCUUCAUGCUGCAGAACCUCUCGAACCGUUAUGGCAUGAGCGACUCAGCUGGCUUCGUGCGCCGGUGGAACAACAUGUCUUCCAAGCAGUUCCAGAUCACUGGGAAGAGGGCUGUGGCCUUGAAGCAGCUACUGGAGGUGGCACCCAAGAAAGCCCUCGAUUCCAUCUUGGCUCACGUGGGGAAGGAACCUGGGCUGGCAGCAGUGCGUGUGGUCCGAGGAGGUGCUGUCCAACAAGAAGAUCUACCCAAAGUUCAACUUCCCUUGCAAAUCUAA